AUGAUUCAUGAACAAAGCGUAAGGCUUGCGCCAACCGGGAGUCGAACCCGGGUCUGCACCAUGGGAGGGUGCAAUGAUACCGCUACACCAUUGGCGCGCAACAUCAGCCGUAUAAUGAUCCGGAAAACUGGCGCACAACAGAAGAGUACGGAUAAAGAGAAAGAUGAUAAGAAAGAUAAAAAAGAUCAGCAGAAGACAGUGGAAAAGAAGCGGAAGAAAACAUUUUUUAAAAUUCUUGGCAAAAAAAAAGACGAAUAUUCAAGUUCAUCAACAAAAAGCCAAAUAAGCGUAUUGGAUGAAUCGGCGACAAUAACCGAAGAGAUGGAUAAGUUGAAAAAAGAACUGAAGGAUGGACCAGCACGUGAUCAGGCAAACAAAGUGAGUGAAUCAUUGUUAGAUAAAGGCAUAGCUGGCUUAGAAAUGGAAUUGGAGAAAUUGAAUAAAAUUAUCGAAAAAAAUGGAACAAAAGGAUUUGAUACUAAUGCGGAACGGAAUUUUAGCCAGGAUGUAAUAUGUCAAGAUAAGGAUCGAGUUUUGUUAAAAAAUGAUGCAAAUAGCUAUAUCCAUGCAAAUUAUAUAAGUACACCAAAAUUUCCCAAACAUUUCAUUUGUACACAACGACCAAUGCAAGCUACCAUCGAAUCAUUCUAUAAAAUGCUUCUACAAGAAGAAGCGAAAUGUGUCGUGAUGCUAUGCCCGCUUACCGAAAAUACUGAUAAAAAUUGUCCACCAUACUUUCCACAGUCAUCCACAGAGAAGCCAAUGAAAUUUGGCUCUAUUACUAUCAAAUGCAUUUUUGCGGAUGAAAUAAAGGAGGAACCAGAUAUAACAAUUACUAAACUGGCAAUCAAUGAAGUUGGUAAAAAACAAUAUGUAGUAAAACAUUACAAUUGGAAGAAUUGGCCUGAAAGGGGUUUUCCGGAUUCAUCACUUACUAUUUUCAAUUUGAUAUGUGCAAUUCGAAAUUCCAAAAAGCCGAUCGUUGUGCAUUGUUCUGAUGGUGUUGGCCGAAGUGGUGUAUUCGUAGCUAUCGAAUAUGUAUUGCAAAAACUGGAACGAGGUGAAAAUUGCGCUGAUCUCGCGGAAGUGGUAAAGGAAAUUCGUAAUCAACGCGCUAUGGCUAUAAGCACUUCUUCCCAAUACAUUUUGCUGAAUCGCUUAUUACUUCAACUCUUUCAAGAAUUUAAUCUCAUUGAUAUGUCACAACGUUUACUUGAAUUUAUCGAUGAUUACGAUGCAUACACGAAAAAAUAUAAGGUAUAA